AUGGAACGGCUUUCUCUGAUUGUAUAUGACAGCAAGCCUCACGCUAUCAUUACCCAUGCAUUAACCAACAAGAGGAUCAAUAAGCUUCAGCAUUCUGCCAGAGUGAUAGAUGUCACCAAUCUACUCAGUACAUUAGAGUCAGUGCCAGUCUCAUGUACGUCUUCGGACGCCGCGGUCGUUCUCUACACAAGUGGUUCAACUGGUCGUCCAAAAGGGGUGCUCUUGAGUCAUGGAAACUUCCUGGGCCAGGUUGCCUCCGUCAAAAGCAAAUACGGUCUCGAUAGGGAGCGUGUCCUGCAGCAGAGCUCCCUCGGAUUUGACGUGUCUCUGCAGCAGACCUUUGUGGCCCUUACGACUGGAGGAACCUUGAUUAUAGCGACAAACGCGAUUCGCCGUGAGCCAAACCAGCUGGCGGAGCUUAUGAGAGUGACAAGAGCCACCUUUACAUUGGGCGUGCCUUCCGAGUAUGCUAUUCUGCUUCGUUAUGGAGAGUGUCACUUACAACAAUGCCCGGAUUGGCGAUAUGCUGUAUGUGGAGGUGAGCGUAUGACGGUCUCGCUUAAGCGCGCCUUUCGGAAACUGGGGAAGACAGGACCAAUCCUCUUGAGUUGCUACGGUCCCACGGAAGUCUCGCUGGCUUCAACAUAUGGCGUUCUUUCAUAUACCGACCCCGCGGCUGGAUCAGAAGACGAGAAUAGCCCUGUGGGGUUUACGCUGCCCAAUUAUGCCGUCUAUAUUCUAGACAAAGACCGGAACCCUGUCCCAACAGGCUUUCCAGGAGAGGUAUACGUUUCCGGCGUCGGCGUCGCAAUGGGGUACUUGAACGACAAGGCCCGCACAGAUGAGCGGUUUUUGCCGGAUCCUUUUGAUCGCGAGGGAAAGAGCCGAAUGUACCGCACUGGGGAUCGAGGACGUCUUCUACCCGAUGGAUCACUUGCUUUUCUGGGUCGAAUGGAAGGUGACUUUCAGAUUAAGCUCCGCGGAAUACGGAUUGAACUGGACGAGAUUGCAAGCGCCAUCGUUACUGCAUCGAAAGGCGUGCUCCGGCAGGCAGCCGUCGUUCUUCGUGGAACAGACAAUAAAUACCUUCUUGCGUUUGUCGUAUUCGUGGAGAGCUGGCGCGAGAGUAGAGAGCGUUAUCUAGCGACACUUCUGGAAAGCCUUCCGUUUGCGCCAUCAAUGAAACCUGCUCAGCUCAUCCCGCUGGAUAGGCUUCCUACCAAUGUCAACGGCAAACUGGAUCGGCGAGUGCUAGAUACUUUGGUCAUCCCGGAUACUGAGGUUGACAGUACCCGAUCCUUGAAACGGGGUCUCAAUGAUGCUGAGAACAGGCUGAUCAGGGUGUGGAAGACGGUCCUGGCUGAAUCCAGCUGCACAGAUGCAUUCGAUAUUGGACCCGACUCCGAUUUCUUCCAGGUCGGUGGGAACUCACUCCUGCUUGUGAGACUACAGGCUGUCAUUGCCCAGAAAUUCGAUAUUAUAAUUCCCAUCAGAGAGUUGUUCCAAAUUAGUGUGCUACGACACAUGAGUGCACGUCUUACUUUGACAAAGGCCCAAGCGAAAGAGAUAGAUUGGAACGAAGAGGUCGAAACGCAUCUGAACCAUUUAAACGAUGCUCUUCCACACAUGAUUAUUAACUCCCUUCCGGCGCAGAAGGGAUCGCAAGUUCUCCUGACGGGCGCAACUGGGUUCCUGGGCAGAUAUAUCCUCGGUAACUUGGUUGACGACCCCACAGUUCACGUUAUCCAUUGCAUUGCAGUCCGUCAACACAACAUCUCAUCAAAGGGGACCGUGUGCGGGAUAUCGUCCCCAAAGAUUCAGAUCUGGCCAGGUGACCUGUCCAAGCCCUACCUAGGCCUCAUGGUUUCCACAUUUGCACGUCUGGCGCAAUCUAUCGGUUUAAUCAUCCACAACGGAGCAGAUGUAUCUUUCCUCAAGUCUUACAACAGUCUCCGUGCGCCAAAUGUUCGAUCAACCGUCGAACUAGGAAGAAUGGCCCUGGUCAGAGGUGUUCCUCUGCAUUAUAUCUCAUCCGGCGGGGUCAUGCGUCUUGCUCCUCCCAGCUCAUGCUCUACUCCAGGAUCUGAGAAUCACGAUCGAUCUGGCUAUUAUUCCGGCUCAGAAAGCAGCACUGAGGGCUCUGCUGACAGCUCAAUCUGCCAUCCACCGACCAAUGGCUCAGACGGCUACAUUUCCAGUAAAUGGGCCAGUGAGGAAAUAUUGAUGCGAGGGCGCUCACUAGGUCUGCGAUCACAUAUCCACAGGCCCACAACGCUGGUUGGGAAAGGUGUGCCCAGUACUGAUCUUUUGGAUAACGUCCUGCAUUUCUCUCGCCUUUUGAAAGCCGUUCCGCAGUUUGAUAGCUUUGACGGGGUUAUCGACAUGAUUUCUGUCGAGGAUGUCGCUAGAAAUAUUGUAUUAUCCACACGAAAGGAAGCGGAUACUGGAAUGUCUCACUAUUCUGGAACCCAGGUGCCUCUUUCCGACCUGGCUGAAUGCAUCUCCGAGACUGCGGAGCCGUUGAAGUCGCUGGAAAUGAGCGAAUGGGUUCACCAAGCUACCGCUGUCGGUCUUGAUUCUCAAGUCGCGUCAAUCUUGCUCACGGAGGGGGGUCGACAGGGCCAUGGGCUCAUCAUACCGCAACCAUAA